AUGGAAAUCGCUCUCGCGCCACUUGAGAAAGCGAAAUUACCAUCUAAUGUGGGAAAGUUCAACGGGUUGACAGACCCGGAUGAUCAUUUAAGAGUGUUUACAAGCGCAGGGUUGGUUGGGGGUUGGACCCUACCAUUAUGGUGUCACCUAUUCGUACAGACCCUAACCGGCGCAGCAAGAAUCUGGUGGUUCGAUAACUUACCAAUCGGAAAAAUCACAUCGUGGAAAGAUCUGCGCGAAAAAUUUCUGACACAUUUUAGCCAACAACGACGUUCUAUUCGCGAUACAUUUGAUGUAAUGAACAUUUGGCGUCACGACGACGAAAAUCUGGAGGACUUUAUCACCAGAUACAACAAAGAGGUACUGGAGAUUGGCGAUGUUCAUGAGCAACUAAUUUGCGCUCAAUUCAAAUAUGCGGUUAGAUGCGAUGACAUGACUAAGGUCUUAUCCGGAACAGAAGGCCUUCCAAAAAGUUGGGAGAAGGUGAUGGCAGCGGCAAAGGUUUACGCUCAAAUUGAAAAGAACCUUACCACAAAUAGGCCGCCGCCACCACAUAAUAGACCCGCGAACUUAAGCUCCACUGGCGGGAGGAAGUUUAAGAAAUCAUGGCGUGAUUCUGGCUCGGGAAAUCAUUUGUCUGAAGAUGCUCGAGCAACGAUCAACAAACUUACUGCGCAGAGGGAGACCAAGCAGGAGAAUAGGGAGAGACAGUGGACUCCCUUAACUAAGACCACGGCGGAAGUUUUGAGUACUGAAGACUAUCAGUUCAAACCUCCAAUCCCCAUGAAAAGCAAGCGUAGACAAGACCCUGCCCAAUAUUGUGAGUAUCACAAGGACAGUGGCCAUACCACUAACAACUGCAUUUCUUUACGCACAGAAAUAGAAAAAGCCCUCAAAAGCGGCGAGCUCACACAUUUGCUUCAAAAUGUGCGCAAGGAAAUAAAGCAGAUAACUCGGGGUGAGGAGGGCCCAAGCAAGAGGGCGAAAACUUAA